GCUCCGCUUCUCAGUGGGCUCACAGCACGCCAUCUCACUGCCUUCAAAUGCGCUGCUGGCCCUUUAAAUCCUCUCUAUUAUAAUUCCUGGAGCGAGCAGCUGGCCAUAAAAAAAGAUCGAGAAAGAAAGGGAAAAGCACAUAGACUCUUCAAAACACAAACCCAGACACACAGACAUGCUUGCUCUCUCACCUAUUCUCCCUGACAUCUGAGGGUGGGGGGGCCACUGUGAAGGAUUUUCCAGCCAGCAGAAGUGAACAGGGAGGAAGGCAGAAGAAGUUUCUUCACAGACAGGCUCGGAUCACUCUGCAAGACAAUGCAUUCCUGUCGAGUUUUACCUGCUCCUCUUUGGAUUUGGUAAUUCUGUAGACUGAAAGUUCUUCAAACGGUCUAAGAGAGAGAGACUGAGCAAGAGAAUGCUCCCUCAGGUCAUAAGGAUUUUAUACAUCUUGUCUUUUUUCUUUUUCCAAGGGGGCUUUAUCAGACUGGGCUCCUGUAAAGAGGAGAUAAAGUCCUCCAGCAGGCCAGCCCCGAAACCAAUGUCCCCAUCUGACUUUCUGGACAAGCUGAUGGGAAGAACCUCCGGCUAUGACGCUCGCAUCAGACCCAACUUCAAAGGACCACCAGUAAAUGUCACCUGUAAUAUUUUCAUCAACAGCUUUGGAUCCAUUACAGAGACAACUAUGGAUUAUAGGCUUAACGUCUUUUUACGCCAGCAGUGGAACGACCCUCGAUUGGCCUACAGUGAAUAUCCUGAUAAUUCUCUAGACCUGGACCCUUCUAUGCUGGACUCCAUAUGGAAACCUGACUUGUUCUUUGCUAAUGAAAAAGGUGCAAACUUCCAUGAAAUCACAACAGACAACAAGCUGCUGAGGAUCUUUCAGAAUGGGAAUGUGCUAUACAGUAUUAGGCUAACACUUAUCCUGUCUUGUCCCAUGGACUUGAAGAAUUUCCCAAUGGACAUUCAAACCUGUACCAUGCAGCUAGAAAGCUUUGGCUACACCAUGAACGAUCUGAUCUUCGAGUGGCUUUCUGAUAGCCCUGUGCAGGUGGCGGAUGACUUGACUCUUCCUCAAUUUUUACUAAAGGAGGAAAAAGAUCUUGGCUACUGCACUAAGCACUACAACACAGGUAAAUUCACCUGCAUUGAGGUGAAGUUUCACUUAGAGAGACAGAUGGGCUACUAUCUCAUUCAGAUGUACAUCCCCAGUCUGCUGAUUGUCAUCCUGUCUUGGGUGUCUUUCUGGAUCAACAUGGAUGCUGCCCCUGCUCGGGUAGGCUUGGGUAUCACCACUGUGCUCACCAUGACCACCCAGAGCUCCGGUUCACGAGCUUCUCUACCCAAGGUGUCCUACGUGAAGGCCAUUGACAUCUGGAUGGCCGUUUGUCUGUUGUUUGUGUUUGCUGCAUUGCUGGAGUACGCAGCAGUCAACUUUGUCUCAAGGCAACACAAGGAGUUCAUCAGGCUGCGCAAGAAGCAGCGAAGGCAGAGAAUAGAGGAGGAGUUUGUUCGAGAGAGCCGUGGCUUUUACUUCCGUGGGUACGGACUCGGCCAUUGCUUACAAGCAAAAGACGGGACAACUGUGGAUGGGUCCAACGUAUUCACCCCACCACCCCCAGUGCAAGUGCUAUACGACGGAGAGGCCAUCCGGAAGCGUUUUGUGGACCGAGCCAAGCGCAUCGACACCAUAUCCAGAGCCGUGUUUCCUCUCAGCUUCCUCAUAUUCAACAUCUUCUACUGGAUCACCUACAAAGUGCUGCGACACGAGGACAUCCACGCCAACCUGUAAUCGCUCCUGGUUACACCACUUGCUCAUCUUACUGCUUCUUUUCUUUUCUUAUAUCUCUUCAUUUGAACCAAAACCGCCUGUCAUACUCACACUAGAAGUGUAUUUCAAAGGCAUAUUCACCCCAGAAUUGCCGUUAGUGCUAAAACCAUGUGCUCAGGUGUGACUUCUGGAUUUCAAAAAGAUUUUAAAGUGCCCACUCAGAGCGAAGGGGGUCUCAUAGAUGCAAAUGCUGCUGUUGGGGACCUGGCUCUCCUCUCUUUCACAUCUUCAUUCGAGUGGAUUGCACUAAUAGCCAGUGCUAUUGUCCUCACUUUGUAGGCUCCAUUUGAGUUAUUGGCUGAAAGAUUCUCGGUUGGAUAGAAAAUAUUGACUUGAAUUUUACCACAAGGCGCAUCCUUGAAUGAAUGUUUUUGAAAACCACAAAAAGUGUGUUUUUUACGUCUUAAAAUGCCAAACUAAUGGGCUGUGGAUUGGGAUUUAUUAUCCAUGGGAACAGUUACAGGGGAAUGGUGUACUGUUUUACUAAAUAAUGAGAUUAUAAAUAUAUAUGACUGUAUAAAGUGUACAAAUGCAGAGUUGUUCACAGACUGCAGACAGCACAAAUGUGUAUUUCUUUUUGUCUUUUGAAUUUGAAUAAAUGGAUAUUCUACCAGGA